AGUGAAAAAUGGUGAAAAAUAUAUUUUGGAAAAUGUCUGUCUCUCAGCUGUUUGAAAAUAUAAAUUAAAAUGAUGCUAAAUGAUUCCGUUUAACUCGCAUCUAAAUUGAUCGAAAUAAAUACUGAAAAAUAAACGAACAAGUGCGUCGUUCCGAUUGAAACGAUUCCGAAGCGUUUGUAACUUCCAUUGUUUACUCGGGAAAUUGCUUGAAAUUUUUUUGAUUUGUCGACAAAAUAAUAAAUUGAGAACGCAGAAAAAAAAGUGCCAACGAAAAAUAAAAACACGAAAUUUAAAACAGUUUCAACAGUGCAUUAAUGAAUGGACGAAUUACAGUUUUUUCUUCAGUUAAACUUUAAACGAAUUUCGCCAAAUGAAAAUAUUGUUCUCGGUGCAUGCAAAGCUUCUUUUUUAAAAUAAAUAUUCUCUGAAGUAAUUAGUAUCGCGAAUUCGAUUAACAAGAUUGAUCGCAAUUUAUUCGAAAAUUAACGUCGAAAAGUUAAUUCAACAAGAAAAUUUUAUUUAUUGUUGGUGCUAAACCGACCCGUGCUGCUGGGUAAUCCGAUGAGAUCCAAAACGGACAACAAAUGUUUUUCGACAACAAUUUUCAACAGACAGAUUCAAUUCGAAUGGAUGGCAUGCUCUAUGGCGGCUUGCCAUCGGAGAGCAAACUUGCCACAUACCUGAACCGACCGAAUGUAACAACUCCGACAUACGGUUUGACAACUGGGUUAUCCAAAAUUUCAAUCGAUUCGCCCAUAUCAAACAAAAAAGUUCAGGUAACUCCUCAAUCGCCAGAAUUUAUUCCGUCGAGAGUAAAUUCAUCUCCAAACUUUUAUUCGCCGUAUUCUGUGAUCAGUGGGGGAUUAACGCCACUUAAACAAAAUAAUGUAACGCCCAUAUUGGGUGGUAAUAAUUAUUCCACAACUCCUAACAAAGGAAGAAAUCUACUGAGAGGCGAUUCACCUCUCAGUAGUGGUGAUUCUCCAAAACAAACUCCACAAUCAUCACCUCCUCCGCCGACUGGUGGUGUGGCUACUGGAAUACAUCAGGAAAAUGUUGGCGGUACCACAUAUUUUUAUCCCACCUCAGCCAAUCACACAACCAAUCAGGUAGCAUCAACGGUUGGUUCGGAACAAGCACUUACAUCACACAGUAAUUCACAAAGCCUUAACUACCCGCAUCCAGGUCAUGUGUAUCCAGGACCGGCUUCCAAUGUUAUAGGGAUGCAACCUCGAACACAAUUGUCUUCGGCAUUUUUCAUUCCAGAUGAAAUGCGUAACGACAUUUUGGGGAGAAAUGAAACUGCAAACCUUGUUGAUACAAAUCCAAACUCAGAUCUCGAAGAAAUCGAUAACUAUCAUUCACUGUAUCCUCUCGAAACACCACCGUCAGGUCAUGGAAAGCUUACUCUAUCACAGACCUACAAAGCUACGCACAAUACGACUGGCAUAAAAUAUUGUUUGCGUAGGAUACAUGGUUUCCGAUUGCAAUCAAAGAAGUGUUUGACCGUUGUUGAUCAAUGGAAACGACUGCAGCACUCCAAUGUAGUACAACUGAAAGAAGUUUUUACGACAAAAUGUUUUGGCGAUCAAUCCGCCCUAGUAUUAGUUUACGAUUAUCAUCCCGGCUCGCAGACGCUAUUAUCGAAAUAUUUUACGCCACCGAACGAAACGAACGGCUACACCGAUCCAUUCCAAGGAGAUGCUCGACCAUUUAGUCACAAAUCCAAUCUACAAAGAAUACCGAACGGACCAUUGCUACAAGAAACGGAGAUAUGGGCCAUUAUUAUGCAACUGACCGCUGGCCUUCGUGCAAUACAUCAAGCCGGUCUGGCUUGUCGCACACUCGAUCCGACAAAAAUUAUUGUAACCGGAAAACGUGUCCGCUUCAGUUUCCUGGGUAUCUCGGAUAUCGCAUACUUUGAUCCGAACCAAACGAACCAAAUGAGUGCUAUAUCCAACUACCAACAGGAGGAUCUAACAUCACUUGGCAAAUUGGUUCUAGCAUUGGCCUGUCGAUGCUAUAAAUCCGUUCACGAAGAAAAAAUCCAAUCCAGCAUACAAUAUGUAACGCGAAAUUAUUCGUCCGAUUUGAAGAAUUUGAUUUUAUAUCUUUUAACGAUCACAUCGACGAGACGUUGUGUCACCGAUUUGAUGCCAAUGAUCGGCGCCCGAUUCUACACUCAAUUGGAUGCUUUGCAAACACAGUGCGACAAACAGGAAGACGAAUUGGCUAAAGAACUGGAAAAUGGUCGACUCUAUCGAAUGCUGGUGAAAUUAGGCUGUAUUAACGAAAGACCUGAAUUAAGUUUAGACGCCACCUGGUCUGAGACAGGCGAUCGCUACAUGCUCAAAUUAUUUAGAGACUAUCUGUUCCAUAUGAUCACCGAAGAUGGAAGACCUUGGCUGGAUCACGCACAUAUUUUGCAAUGUUUGAAUAAACUUGACGCUGGUACAGCAGAAAAGGUCAACUUAAUGUCCAGAGACGAACAGUCCGUUUUAGUUGUUACUUAUGCCGAAUUAAAGCAUUGCUUGGAGCAGUCGUUUGCCGAGCUGACCUCAAGCGUAUAAAAGUUAUUAAAAUUUCCGCGGUGUAUUAUUAUUGACUUAAUCUGUUUCCACAGAUGUUGUGAAGGUUUUAUCGAGAAAAGCAAGAAAAAACACACCGUUUUAUUAGCAAUUAGUUACUUUUAGUGGAAAUGAAUUCAGAUAAAAUGAAGAAGAAAAAAAUGGAAACAAUGAAUGUGGUUGACUUGAUGAGACAUUACGCACGUGGUUAUUUUUUUUAUGAUGACUAAAUUAAACGAAAAAUAAAGCAACACGAAAGGAUAAACAAAAAAAAGAGAUGAAGAUACAAUUACGAUUUGAAAUGAAAAUGGAUCGGAUAAUGAUGUCAUUAGGACAUAUCCUGUGAAUUCACUGAAGUAUAAUUUCAAUUUUUGUGAUUUUUUUAUUUUAACAAGAAAAAAAUUUAAUUUCUUUUGGAAUGCUUCAUUCAUGAAUAAUGUCGUAAUAAGUGAAAGAUUGUGUUUUGAAAUUCUUUGUGAUUGAUUACGGUAGAAAUAUUGUCGUUUCUUAUACAUUUUUUUUUAAACAAAAAAAUAUUUUUUAGUAGAUUAUGAUUGUCGCCACAGUAUAAAAAGAUUUCUCAUUAGAAUUUAGUGGUACUAAGAAAUAAGCGCAUCUAAAUUUUUUUUAAAUGAUUGUAUGGCGAUAUAUGCAUGUCAACCAACAAAAACAAUAAUUUUUUUUGCAUUUUUUUAUCAAUAAUAUGAAAUAUAGUUAUGAAAAGCUGCGAUGGAUUUAAUUUUCCUCUUUUGUUUUAUUGUUCUUUACUUGAAAACGAAGCUCUUUUUUGAUUUUGAAGAAAUUUGUAGAUUUUUCGAGUGUCUUAAUCUAAGGCCUAAAAACAUCGUCCCUAUCAAUGCAACUGAAGAAAUGUGUUUCGUUUCCGCCGAUACCGACGUACCGUCGAUUUUUCAAAAAUAUGUUUGUGGAGAAGCAGCUUUUCUUCAAUUUUUCUUUGUUUAUAAUUUUUACUUUAGUAGUGUAAAUAAGGAUAAAAAUUGUGAUUUAGAAACUAAAAUUUAAAACAAAAAGAAAAUUCCAUGUUUCGUAACCAGUCAAAAGUUUCGUUAAAUAAAAAUCACCGAAAAAUCGACAUUAAAACCAUUUGCAGACAGAUAACAUCUCUCCGAAAGAGAUGUUCCGGGUGAAAGACUCAAAAGUUCGAAAAACAACUGAUUGCAUCUGAUUAAGAGAAUUCAAGAGAUUGCUUUGAGGUCUGCAAAUGAUGAAUAGGAAAAUAAAACUCUGAAUGAUAUCAGAAUCGGAAAGGUUUUGGUUUGUUUUGAAUAAUUAGAGUAGAAGUUUACAAGAUGCACAGCGCGUGCGUGUAUAAGCUUCAAACGUAUAAACAGUUUUGUUUGCUUGUGUGGAUCAGUUGAAACGAGUUCAUGCUGAAAUUUCUGUCUCUGACUGUACUUCAUUUGUAGAAAGCAUCUCUCACUUAAAAAUAUUAAUCAUCCAUCUCUCAUCAUGAGAAAACUCUGGCCAGAGCACAUUGCUUACUCUUGAUUUGCAUAUCAAAUCAAUGUAAAGUUAACAAAAAUUGCUUUUGUUUGCAGCUCUUUUCACAUUGUAAAAUGUGAAACCUGCAUUUGCUACCAAUUUUCUUUGGUUGAUUCAUUUCAAAAGAGAAAGCUUAGCAGCAAAUGUAAGUUUGACAUUAUAUGACGAUACGAAAAGUGCUGAAAACAGAAGCAAUUUUUCAUUUUCAUUUUUCAAUAACAUGCCACAUUUUGACGUGCUUAAAACGGCUACCUAACUGAUCAACUUUUUUUUAUAUGAGUUUAUAGGAACUUGUGGAUGAAAAAGAUUUCUCAUCCCAAGGUCUCACUUCAAUUCUAUGAUUUCGAGUACUAUCAAAUCGUUUGUUUAAUUAUCCUUAUUUGAUUAAACUGUAAUGCAUCCAAAACGUUAAGCUGCACAGAAGAUAUCAUUCAGAGAAUUUAAAUGAAAAAUGUUUUGAACCAAGAAGCACAAAUUUUUGUUGUACUAAUUAAGUUAAUGGAAAAGAGAACAUUUUACAAAGAAAAAAGACAUUUUUUAGUAUAUUACAACAUGCAACGAUGAUUGUCUGAUAUAGGAAACCCAUUAUGGAUGUGUGAUGAAUGACGAAAUAAUUUAAUUUUUCUUUUCUUUUAAUUUUAUCUUAAUUGUGACAAUGUGAAUGAAUAUUUAAGUAUAAAACUAGUACUGAAACGACAAGGAAAAAGUAAUUAAAAUCUAAAAUUGAUUUAAGAUGCGAUACGUACAAUUUAUAGUAUUUUCUAAAAUGGGCAGCUUUCGACGUAAGAGAAAAAAAAACGAAAAUAAAACAACAAAGGAAAAGUUUGAAGAAUUUUUUUUUGGUUACAUUUAGAGUUGAAUUGAUGUUGAAAAAUUAAUAAAUUAAUUGAUUAAAAGAAGAAGAAAGAACAAAAUAAUCAUCCUACAAAGAAUAUAAAAUUAGCAUUUUUUUGAUGGAGUUAGUUGUGUCUAUUUCUUAACUUUACUUUCGUUUUUUUUUAGUAGGAAAACUCUUUUCUUCUGUGAUUUUAUGUUUAAUUUCGCAGCUUUUUCUUUCUUCGAAGAAGA